UCCAAGGUGUUCGCGCUGUGCCUCACGCACAUCCGCCACGAGCUCGAGUCGAUCCUGGAGUGCGUCAAGUUCGGCAUGCGCUGCACGACGUCGCCCAUCCAGAAGUGCAUCGCCACCGGGGACAUCAACCGCCUGCAGGAGGCCGUCCUGGACCUCGCCAAGAUCAUCGAGAACUUCAAGGUGAUCAUGGGGCCCUUCAUGCUGGUGGUCGUCCCGCACCACAUCAUCUCCCUCAUCUGCUUCCUCUACUGGACGCUCGUGUCGGUCCUCGACGACAGCGACUGGUACUACCCCUUGAGCUUCGGCCUGCUCUCCGCCCAGGCCAUCGCGCCCAUCUUCUGCGCCGCCAUCUACAGCGAGGACAUCCACACGCAGAAGGAUUCCCUGGUCGAGCCGCUCAUCAUCCUUAAGAGCUCGAUGCCCGAUGAAGCCGCCAAACACAAAAUGGCAACACUGAUCGACCACCUGGACCGCCUCGACGCCCAGAUCGAAGGUCGAGGUUUCUUCACACUCAACAAAGGCAUGGCGACCUCGGUUUCAUAA